CUAGUCGACGGGGUGUUUUGUUCUUAAACGCUAACCGGAUAUAGUAAGUUUGGUUGUAGAUUACUUGACAUAAGUUUUUUCUCCCAGCAGCGGCUUGAGUGGAUCCAAUGAGCUUACGCCGCGUUCCGGGCCCAUCUGCUGAGAGCAAGCCGGUGACAAGGGGAACUAAAAACUAUCAAGCGUGACAACAAAGAGGCUCUGAAUUAAGGCAAAACCAGGGAAAGUAGUCCGAAUCCGCACAGUAAGUUGAUAGCCCCGUCACACUCUGAUUUGUGCCGCUUGCGGAUAGCUCAUCAUGGAGGGGAGCAAGCUGGCGCUGGUGGCUCUCUUUUGCUUUGUUCUGGCAAUUUUGCCUUCGCACACAGUGACUGUAGCUGUCAUGUCAGUUGACCUGGGCAGUGAGUGGAUGAAAAUGGCGAUAGUGAAACCCGGUGUGCCGAUGGAGAUUGUUCUCAACAAGGAGUCGAGGAGGAAAACCCCCGCGGUUGUAUGUCUCAAAGAAAAUGAAAGACUUUUUGGAGACAGUGCACUAGGAGUGUCUGUGAAGAACCCAAAAACUGUUUAUAGGCACCUCCAAAGCCUCCUGGGCAAAAAGCACAAUAACCUCCAGGUGGCGCUCUACCAGAAACGUUUUCCUGAGCACCAGCUGCAGGAGGAAUCAGUGAGAGGCACAGUUUACUUUAAAAACUCAGAAGAAAUGCAGUACACACCUGAGGAGCUCCUUGGGAUGGUUCUCAAUUAUUCUCGUGGACUUGCUCAGGACUUUGCAGAACAACCAAUAAAAGAUGCAGUGAUUACUGUCCCAGCCUUUUUCAACCAGGCAGAGCGCAGGGCGGUCCUGCAGGCUGCACACAUAGCAGGUCUAAAGGUCCUUCAGCUCAUCAAUGACAAUACAGCUGUGGCCUUGAACUAUGGGGUGUUCAGGAGGAAGGAUAUCGAUAACACAGCUAAGAAUGUGAUGUUUUAUGAUAUGGGCUCGGGCAGCACUACUGCCACUAUUGUCACUUAUCAGACAGUCAAAACCAAGGAAUCUGGCACCCAGCCCCAGUUACAGAUCCGAGGUGUCGGGUUUGACCGAGGGUUGGGGGGCUUUGAGAUGGACCUACGACUCCGGGACCACCUGGCUAAACUGUUCAACGAGCAGAAGAAGAGCAAGAAAGAUGUGAGGGAGAACCACCGGGCCAUGGCCAAACUCCUCAAAGAGGCUCAGAGGCUCAAGACGGUGCUUAGUGCAAAUGUAGACUUCAUGGCCCAGGUGGAAGGUUUGAUGGAUGACAUUGACUUCAAAGCUAAGGUGACCAGGAGUGCGUUUGAAGAGCUGUGUGCUGAUCUUUUCGAAAGAGUGCCUCGCCCGGUCCAGGACGCCCUCAUGGCUGCAGAAAUGAAAAUGGAUGAAAUUGAGCAGGUGAUUUUAGUAGGUGGCUCCACCCGUGUCCCCAAAGUUCAGGAAGUUCUGCUGCAAGCAGUUGGGAAAGAGGAGCUGGGAAAGAACAUUAAUGCAGAUGAGGCAGCAGCCAUGGGCGCUGUGUACCAGGCUGCUGCCCUCAGCAAGGCCUUCAAGGUCAAACCUUUCCUGGUCCGAGACGCAGCUGUCUUCCCCAUUCAGGUGGAGUUCACCCGUGAGACGGAGGAGGAGGGGAUCAAAACCCUGAAACACAACAAACGUAUCCUCUUCCAGCGGAUGGCACCCUACCCCCAGCGCAAGGUCAUCACAUUCAACCGCUACAGCGACGACUUUGCUUUUGACAUCAACUAUGGCGACCUCAGCUUCCUGAGUCAGGACGAGCUCAGUGUGUUUGGCUCUCUGAACCUGACUACAGUCAAACUGUCUGGAGUGGGCAGCAGCUUUCAGAAGCACGCAGACGCCGAGUCAAAAGGCAUCAAAGCCCAUUUCAACAUGGAUGAAAGUGGCGUGCUCCUGCUGGAUCGGGUGGAGUCUGUCUUUGAAACAGUUGUGGAGGAGAAAGAGGAGGAAUCCACAUUAACUAAGCUAGGUAACACAAUUUCAACCUUAUUUGGAGGAGGAUCGUCAGAACCUGCCCCAAAUGCGACUGAACCUGUCCAGGACGAGGAGGAAGUGCCACCAGAGUCAGGAAAGGACGACAAGGACGAGGCCCAGAAAGAUGAGGCUGCCAGGGAGAAGCAGGAUGAUUCUCAGAAAAGUGCAGGUGAAGAGAAAAGCCAGGAGAAGACAGAGGAGGCAGACAGCAAGACUGAUGCCAAAAAGGAGGACAAGGCGGGAGAGAAAUCUGGAAAAGCUGAGGAAGAGAAGGAUGCGGAGAAGAAUGUAAAACCUCAGAAAAAGACCAAGAUCUCUGAAGACAUCACAGUGGAACUUGUCGUCAACGACAUCUUCAGUCCGACUGCAGAUGAUGUCACUUCCUCUCAAAAGAAGCUGCAAGAUUUGACAGACAGAGACCUGGCCAAACAGGAAAGGGAAAAGACACUCAACAGUCUGGAAGCUUUCAUCUUUGAGACACAGGACAAGCUGUACCAGGAGGAUUUCCAGCUGGUGUUGUCAGAGGAGGAGAAGGAGCAGAUCUCUGCCAAGCUAACCGAGGCGUCAGAGUGGAUGGACGAGGAUGGUUACACGGCCACCACCAAGCAGCUAAGAGAGAAGCUCUCUCAGCUGAAGAGCUUGUGCAGGGACAUGUUUUUCAGGGUAGAGGAGCGACGCAAGUGGCCGGACCGCCUGGCCGCUCUGGACAGCAUGCUCAACACCUCCAGCUUCUUUUUGAGGAGUGCCAAACUGAUUCCAGAGGAUGACCAGAUCUUCACCGAAGUUGAGCUAAAUAUGUUAGAAAAAGUCAUCAAUGAAACAGCGACAUGGAAGAAUGUGACGGUAGCAGAGCAGGAGAAACGCUCUCCAAAAGAACGGCCAAUCCUGCUCUCCAAAGACAUCGAGUCCAAGCUGACUCUGCUGGAUCGAGAGGUCAACUACUUGCUCAACAAGGCCAAGUUUGCCAAGCCGAAGGCAAAUGCCAAACCCAAGAACAGCACCAACUCAGAUAAAAGCAGCAAGGCCAACAACACAGCCGAGGAGAAAGUCAUCCCUCCAACAGAGGAGAGCACAAACACUAAGAGUGAAAGCCCAGAGGACGUGCAGCCGGGUGACGCCCCACCCAUAGAGGAAAGCACUGUACACAUAGACUCAGAGAGCCAAUCACAGCCCACAGAAGAAACAACAACAACAGGACCAAAGGAGAUGGCCCAACCUGAAAACCACCUAGAGGAUGAAUUAUAACAGCUGGAACUGGGGAAGAAAUCACUAUAUUUAUUGACAGUGUAUAAAUGUUCAAGUUCCUUCUUGCUCUGUUUUUUUUCCGUUUUUUUUUUUUUUUUUUUUCCUGUUUUUCUUUUUGUUUUGUGUCCUGUUUGUUGAGCUGCUGGAAGUUGAAUGGAUAAGGAUUGGAGACCACUCAUCAUGUUCCCUCUUCUGUCUACUGUGCCAUUCAUCUCUUCUGUCUUUCAUGGAUUCUUUCAACAGUGGUCAUUUAAACACCAUGAAGAACCAGGUUAACAAAAGUAAAGUACAAGACUAUGUCUGUGCUGUGAUAGACGCAUGGUCCAGACAAAAUACCUUCUCACAUCCAACAAAUGAUCACAUCAACACUGAUACAGAAGGAGAUGUAAGCUGUGCAUGGCCAUAACUAUAGACAUUUGAUAAGGAUGAGUGCUGUUAUACUUGUCAUACAUGCGAACUUGUCAUUCAUUAACUUUUCAUUUCCUACUUUGUCCUCUGCACUGUAUUCCCAACCGUAGUGUGUUGUUGUGAGGUUAGUAUUUGUCAUAACACCUGCCCUCCCCUUUACUGACCUUUCAAGGUAACUGAGUAAGUGCACUAGAGUCCUCUGGAGGAAUCUCCAUGGAUAGAUUUUGUUUUGUUUUUUUCCCUCCCUCCAACCCCGAAACUUUAUUUUGCCAUAUAAAUUGUAACGAAAUUUGUAGAAAAGAGACAAAAAGUGGAAGCAAAUCUCAUACAUACCGUUUAUUUAAAACUGUAUUCUAAGUAGAGUCAGUUGGUUUGAAUUGAAAGCAUUUUUAAUCUGGUGAAUCAUAACUACAAAUGUGUCCUCAUCAUAGCCAUUGAUGGGGCAGCAUGGUACAGUAUGUGAAGUCAUACUAUAAUUUCUUACUGGACUUUGAGAUACAGCAACUAAAAAGUGGCUGUCAAAUCAAAAAGACUAAAUUCUACAAACAUACAAACUCUGGAGUUGGAUGGCUGAUAUUAUACAUGACCAGAAAUCUUGGUAUAAAUGUGCAUCGUAAAUAAACGUGCGGAAGGUGGUACUACCUGGUUUAUAACAGAACUACUGAAGGUUUGUCCUUUGGUGAUAAAUCAUUUUACAUUUUCAUUACAUUACAUUUUUGCAUGCUUACUUGAUGGAAGUUGUUUACUGGUGAACAUCCAAUAUUACACACCCCCUGAAGUUCAUAUUCGCCACCAGCAUUUCGAGGUUUUUUUUUUGUUU